CCUAGUUCCCUCCCAUUCCCCCCCUCCGCCUCGAUACACCUCACGCGCUUCUCCAAGUCGCGGUUGUUUUUAUUUUAUUUAUUGUUACGUGAUUCCUUUCUUUACAUAGGUGUAUCCGUACUCUCUCGCCCUUUUCUAAUACUCCUCACUCAUCUUGCUCCCCCGCACAAACGGGCCCCUUGGUGAAGAAUAAGGUCCCAGACGCAUCGCGACGUCACCGCCACGUUGAACCCGGUUCUAGCCUUUGUGUGUUUUCGUCACCAAUUACGGUCAAAGGCUAUACCGCGCGAGAAAAAAAAAACUUCCAAUCGACAAGCCACCCUCCCGGAUUCGGAUCGAGUUGUCACCCCCCGAACGAUCGAUAUAAAUAUAUACAGAUACUUACGCAAAACACAACUCGCAUCUUACCACGCGCAACGACAACGACGACAACCACCUAAACCUCAACCAUGGAUGAAGCCCUCCCCCGCGGGUCCGCCGACCAGGCCCUCGCCCGCCUCGGCUACAAGGGCGAGCUGCCGCGCAACCUCUCGAUGCUCUCCAUCCUCGGCCUCUCCUUCGCCAUCAUGGCCGUGCCCUUCGGCCUCAGCACGACCAUGUACAUCACCCUGACCAACGGCCAGGCCGUCACCGUCCUCUGGGGCUGGGUCCUCGUCUCCGCCAUCUCGCUCUGCAUCGCCGCCUCCCUCGCCGAGAUCUGCGCCGUCUACCCGACCGCCGGCGGCGUCUACUACUGGUCCGCCAUGCUGGCCCCGGCCGGCUGGGCGCCCCUCGUCAGCUUCGUCGACGGCUGGCUCACCCUCGUCGGCAACUGGACCGUCACCCUGAGCAUCAACUUCAGCGGCGCCCAGCUGAUCCUGAGCGCCAUCAGCAUCUUCAACGAGGACUUCGUCGCCAACGAGUGGCAGACGGUGCUGUGCUUCUGGGCCGUCAUGCUCGUCUGCGCCUCGGUGAACGCCUUUGGGUCGCGCUACCUGGAUCUGAUCAACAAGGUCUGCAUCUACUGGACCGGCGCCUCGGUCCUCAUCAUCAUGGUCACCAUCCUCGUCAUGGCGCCGAGCAAGCGAUCCGCCGAGUUCGUCUUCACGCACUACGACGCCUCCGAGAGCGGAUGGCCCUCGGGCUGGUCCUUCUUCGUCGGCCUCCUCCAAGCCGCCUACACCCUCACCGGCUACGGCAUGGUCGCCUCCAUGUGCGAGGAGGUCCAGAACCCCGAGCGCGAGGUGCCCCGCGCCAUCGUCCUCUCCGUCGCCGCCGCCGGCGUCACGGGCGUCAUCUACCUCAUCCCCAUCCUCUUCGUCCUCCCCGACAUCCGGAUGCUCCUCGACGUCGCCAACUCCCAGCCCAUCGGCCUCCUCUUCAAGACCGUCACCGGCUCCGCCGCCGGCGGCUUCGGCCUGCUCUUCCUCAUCCUCGGCAUCCUCAUGUUCGCCGGCAUCGGCGCCCUCACCGCCGCCUCGCGCUGCACCUACGCCUUCGCCCGCGACGGCGCCAUCCCGGGCUACAAGCUCUGGGCCCGCGUCAACCACAAGCUCGACAUGCCCCUCUGGGCCCUCGGCCUGUCGACCGGCGUCGACUGCGUCCUCGGCUGCAUCUACUUCGGCUCCAGCGCCGCCUUCAACUCCUUCACCGGCGUCGCCACCAUCUGCCUGUCGACGAGCUACGGCGUGCCCGUCCUCGUCAACCUCAUGCAGCGCCGCCGCGCCGUCGCCAACUCGCCCUACCCGCUCGGCCGCUUCGGCACCGUCAUCAACUGCAUCUGCAUCGUCUGGAUCUGCUUCGCCGUCAUCAUCUUCUGCAUGCCCGUCAGCCUGCCCGUCGACGCCUCAUCCAUGAACUACGCCUCCGUCGUCUUCGCCGGCUUCGCCUUCAUCGCCAUCGUCUGGUACUUUGCCUACGCCCGCAAGAACUUCACCGGCCCGCCCGUCGCCAAGGAGGAGUUCCAGCCGGGCCCGGACGGCGUCAUGGAGGGUAAGAUCCCGGGAGGUGCUCUCGACUCGGAGACGACGGCGAGUACGGAGAAGAAGUAGUGGUGGUGGUGCUUGUCCGCGCGAUCCUUUUGGUUUUCGAUUAUUAUUUUUGGUGUGGUUCCAACGUGUGUUAUUUAAAAGCAUUGUGAUACCAUGUGGCAUUCAUCGAGAGUUUGCCCAGCGUUGUAAAAAAGGGCUCAGGUUGCGUCUGCGGGUAUACGUUACGCAUCAACACAACCGGCCUUACUGCUCAAUAUUC